AUGACGCUCAAGAUCAUGGGGAAUUCAGCGGUCGUCAUGAACACAGUCACGAGAGAUCCCGAGGAACCUGAGACCCAUCCUGAGCCAGUAGGAGAGGCCCAUCCUGACUUGCAUCCAGAAGUUGAGACGCUGGAGCCAGAGAGUAUGGCAAAUGUCGAGAAUAACGCUCAGGUCCUUGGACCUGGAUGUGCAGUCACAGACGAGCUGUUCGACACCGGUUCAAGGCUGGAGGCAGAAUAUGAUCGAGUAGUGCGAGUCUCUGCGGAGGAACUGGACCUAGAGCCUGCUGUGUAUCUCAGGGAAGGAAGUGAUUUGAUGGCGCAGUUACGAGACCAACUUUUCAUGCUCCCGGAAAUUGAGGAACUGACCCCAGAUACCGGGGGUCACAACUCCAGAUAUGGAAGCCAAGAUGAGAAGGAUCCUGAAACGCCAUCGCAGCAUCUUUCUGAGAGAUGGCAACGCAGCUCAGCCCCGGCUAGGGGCGUAGUGUGUGACAUCGACGUCGGUGAAGCAAAACCAGUGGCUUUACGUGCGAGACAGAUUGGCGCACCUUUCUUGGUGAAAGUGUUUGAACUCCUGAAGAAGUUCUUGGAGGCAGAGAUCAUUGAGCAUUCAGAGUCCGAGUGGUCAUCACCUAUUGUGAUUGUGCUGAAGCAAGACGGCAUAGACAUCCGGAUGUGUAUUGACUACCGACUUAUGAAUCUGCUCAUCAAGCUAUGUCGCUAUCCUCUACCUUUAAUCGAUGACCUGUUAGUAGACUUCAAAUCCGCGAUGUGGUUUAUGGGUCUCGAUAUGGCGAGUGGAUUCUGGGCGGUGCGAAUGACUGAACGUGCGAAUUUGAUCUCUGCGUUCGUCUACCCGUUUGGCCAUUUUCAAUGGCUCGGGAUGCCUUUUAAAUUGAAGAAUGCGCCGUUAAUUUAUCAGAGCAUCAUCAACAACUGUCUGUGGGGAUUCGUCCGUUUACCUCCUGAAGAGGAAGCGAAGGUUGACUCAGAAGUUCUGGAGUUCCUGAAUCUCGAGCCUCAAGAAGCUCUGAGACCUGAAAUAUGCGGGACCCAGAGAAUGGACAUUACGGUUUUCCGACGCAAUAUUCCGGCUCCGUCACAAAUGGGUCCGUUCCUAGGAAGAAUCUCGUAUAUUGACGACAUCGCUCAUGGGGCGCCGACCUGGGACCAACUAUGUGAGGACUUGGACGUGUUGUUGUACAGACUACGAUACUGGAAUAUCUCUUCCUUCUUAGGAAGUCUGACUUAUUACAACAAGUUUAUUGAAGCCUUUCCAGUAGUUGCCGCUGUGCUCUACGAACUAGACAAAGAACAUGUAUGCGCUGGAUGGAACUUGGAAGCCGCAAAGGAGUCGUUCGAGAUACUGAAACGUAAGAUCGUGUCGACCCCGUUGCUGCGACAUCCAGAUAUGACUAAGCCUUUCGUGAUUAUCCUGCAUGCUAACCCGUGGGCGGCGUGUGCAGCCCUGGAUCAGGCGCUUGAAAGCCUCAUACAUCAAGUACGAUUUACUGGUAGGGUGUUGAAGCAAUCAGAGCUACGUUACCACAUAGCUGAGAAGGAAGUGCUCGCAAUCUUGCGGACUCUGGAGUUAUUGAAGUCCAACACUGCGGAUGGACAACAACCAACGUGGGGGCUGGAACUAUCAAGAUGGACACUGGAAAUCCAUCCGACUCAGAAAGAUGAGGACGGCCUUGCGGCCAUCCUUGAGUCUGGUAUUACUCUCAGGGAACAUUUAGAUGAAGUUGCAGAAACCCUGAUUCCCGCCAAGGGGCGUCUGAAAGUGAUGCCUCCAGGGAGUCUGGAAAUGUUGGAAGAAGACUACCAAGGCUACGUUCCGAGUUUUGAUGGCGCUGCGAAGGUCUCUACUCGCCGGGGAAGUUGUAGAUGCAUAGUGUGGAAGCUGCCAGGGUUGCAGAUUGUGAAAGCUGAAGGACACAUCCUUGAAGGUGUGACGGUCAAUGAUGCUGAUUACCAUGAUCUAAUUCUAGGACUAAAGCUCGCUAUGAAGUACGCUGUCAAGGAGCUUGUGGCAGUCGGUGAUUCCCGAAUCGUCGUCCAACAGGCUCAGGGUCUGAUUAAUCGCAACCAGCCCAACCUGCAACGACGCUUAGCUGAGCAUGAAGAUCUCAGGAAGAAUUUUGUGUCGGUUAAGCUGAUUCAUGUUAAACGUGAAUUUAACCAAGCAGCCGACUACUUGACCUCUAACACUAUUGUGCUUGGAGAAUCCUUGGAGCUCGAUGACCCCGAUGAGAUAGUGCGUCGACGUCUCGUAUCGAGAAUCCUUGAAAAGACCAUGAAGCCUUCAGAAAUCCCAAGCACCCCUGCGACUGAUGCGGUUUGUUCAGACCGAACCAAACUCGGAGUAGAGAAUCUGAUGCUGGGAUACCAGAGUCUUUAG